AUGACUAAUCAUCAGGAUAAUGGGAAAUCGUUUGAACUUCGCCAAAUUGGUUCAUCCAAUGACAUGCCUCAGCCCAGUGGCAUUCGAUCCUACCAGAUUGUAAACGACGGAACAGAUGACCAAUUUGUCUUAUACGGAUAUACUCGGUCGAUAGCACGAACGAUUAUAACGUGGAUAUUUAUUUUUCUAACAGUUGGAUUUCUUCGUUUGGUGUUCUAUUGGAAGCCUCAUUGGUUUGUACGAUGCUAUUGUACGCGAGCUGAUCUAGCUGUUGCUCAAUAUGUAUUGUUGAAAGAUCGAUAUCAACAAUGGUAUGUUGAAACUGUGCUGAAAGUCGAUCCAAAUCUAAAUCCGAAUGAUCCAAAUGAUUCUCGAAACUUCACGCCAGCAAAUCGUUCACGUUAUGGUCAUUUUUCUGAUCAACAAGAGACAGAUGAUUGUACAGGUGAACCUUUUCUCAGCGACAGUUCUGCUACGCUGCGUACAAGGAACAAAUAUCGACGAACGAGAGCUGUUCAUCGAUAUUUCGUUAACAAACGAUGGCAUUAUGUUUGGCAAGAAACUGAAUAUAAAUUUACUAAACUUUUGGGUGUUGAAAACAAUGUCAAAUGUGAUUAUUUCAGUCAGAUUCGUCCACUAACAGUCGAAGAACGUGCACACAAAAAAAUUAUAUAUGGUGAAAACAGCAUUGGUCUUCGUCUGACUCCUAUCUUUCGCUUGCUUAUUCAAGAAGUUCUCUCUCCAUUCUAUAUCUUUCAACUAUUUUCCUGCAUUCUCUGGUUUUCCGAUGAAUAUGUUACCUAUGCAUCAUGUAUUGUCUUUAUAACUGUUGUUUCGGUCAUAAUAACAUUACGUGAAGUUCGAAAAAAUGAACGAGCUUUACGUGAUACAGUCCAUCAAUCAGAAGUAAGCACUGUGAUUAUAUAUAAUCCCGAAACACACGAAGAAGAACAACGUGAUAUAAUUAGCGAAGAUCUCGUUCCAGGCGAUGUUAUCGUUAUCCGUAGUUCGUCAAUGAUGCAAUGUGAUGCUGUCCUAUUGAAUGGAAACGUUAUUGUCAAUGAAUCGAUGUUAACUGGUGAAAGUAUUCCUGUGACGAAAGUUCAAAUUCCUUAUUAUCAAUCAUCAGCUGAUCAUCCAGGACUCGACGAACCAUUCAGUAUUUCUGAGCACAAUCGAUUCAUUCUAUUCAGUGGAACAUCUGUUAUUCAAACGCGUUACUAUGGCGCUGGUGAAGUACGUGGUGUGGUCAUUCGGACAGCAUUCAACACGGCGAAAGGUGAAUUAAUUCGAUCGAUUCUUUAUCCAAAACCGGUUGAUUUCAAAUUCAACACCGACACAUACAAAUAUGUUGGCGGUAUGGCAAUAAUUGCACUUGGUGGCAUGAUCUUUUCGUUAGUUAUGCGAAUUAUACGCGGUGAACCAGCUGGCGUCAUUGUCAAACGUACCAUUGAUGUGACUACCAUUGCUGUUCCACCUGCCCUUCCUGCUGCUCUUUCAGCGGGCCUUGCCUAUGCCCAAAAUCGCUUGAAAAAAAUGAAUAUUUUCUGUAUUAGUCCUCGUUCCAUCAACAUAUGUGGAUCAGUGAACACCGUUGUCUUCGAUAAAACGGGUACAUUGACAGAAGAUGGUCUUGAUCUUCAAUGUGUCGUGCCUAUUACUCGCUCAUAUGAUGCAACCAAUACGAUGGAAAAAAUUGAAUUUGGCUCUCAAACCACUGAAGUGACAGAUUUAAAUUGGCGUGAUGAAGAAGCACACAGUAUGAUCAUUGUCUGUAUGGCUGCUUGCCAUACUUUAACAAGAAUCAACGGCGAACUUGCUGGUGAUCCACUUGAUUUAAAGAUGCUGGCAUUUACUCAAUAUGAAUUAUAUGAACCAGCUGAAAAUGAACAAGCUAACUUUGAUAUGCUUUUUCCUACGAUUGUUCGACCUAUUAACUCGCCAAACAAUAUCGCACCACCGCCGGGUCGUCUUUCCGGCUCUGUCAGCUCAUUAAUUGCUGGGAAUAUUCCAUUUGAGAUUGGUAUUGUUCGACAAUUACCAUUCAGUUCAUCAUUACAACGAACAAGUGUAAUUGUACGAAUUCUUGCCAAGGAUUCAUUUGAUUUAUUAACUAAAGGUUCACCAGAAAAAAUUGCCGAACUUUCAAGACCUGAGACAAUUCCGAAAAACUUCAAUGAAGUUCUUUCCACAUAUGCUAAACAAGGCUAUCGAGUAUUAGCAAUGGCUUAUAAACCAUUAGAAUUGAACUACGUGAAAAUUCAACGAAUCGAACGAGAGAAAAUUGAACAUAAUCUAAUCUUUCUCGGUCUUGUCAUUAUGGAGAAUCGACUAAAGCCCCAAACGGAAGGAGUAUUAAAAGUUCUUUCAAAUGCAAAUAUUCGAACAAUUAUGUGCACUGGUGAUAACAUGUUGACAGCGUUAAGUGUCGCUCGUGAUUGUGAUAUGAUCCCGGAUGAUGCCAAAAUUAUCGCUAUUGAAGCAACUGAAUCUGACGAUACACCGACUUUCACUUAUGCUCAAGUUUAUAAUCGAAGAGUGAAAGAAGUUCGCUAUGAUCAAAGUUCGCAUCGUUUGAUUGAACUUGAUCGUCGAACGCCGUAUCAUUUUGCUAUAUCUGGCAAAUCUUUCCAAGUUGUACGUGAGAAACAUCCUGAGUUAUUACGUCGGUUGUGCGUUCGUGGUACUGUUUUCGCACGAAUGUUACCUGAACAAAAACAACAACUGAUCGAAACACUUCAAGAACUUGGGUAA